GCCACUAACUGGUUAGUGGACCACUCCAUCUCGAUGAAUUAUGUGCAAUGUCAUUAUGUUAAUAUGGGGAGUGAAUAAAAAGUCGAUCCUUUUGUGUUCCCCCUUUCACCUCCCAGUGUUGGUUAACUCACUUGAGGAAAACACCACACUUGUGUAGAAUCCUCAGCCCAUGUUAAGUUGCUUUAAAACUUCUCCCUCCCCGAAACGGAGAAGAAAACGGCAAAGGUACGCAAAAUAAAAUCUACAAAGGGGAGCAACCCACGUUUAAAGCAAAUCGAGUGAAAAAAAAAUGCGCCAAGGAAAGCUGUUGAAGGAGCGUAAUUUUUGAAGGCAGUCAGAAUUCAUUUCCUUUCCCUACAUAAAGAAGAAAGAACACAGGGACGAAGGUUAAAAAAAAAAAAUAAAACACGUAUUUCGAACGAGCGAAGUUUUUUUUUUUUUUUUUCUUCCUUUUUUGUCCCACUUCUUCAAUCGAACAAAUGAGUAAGGGAAUCGAUUCGAUGAAGCCGUACUUCCCCGCGGUGUUAAAAGGGUGCGAGUCCGCGUCAGAUAAAUUUUUCAAAUGCCUGAACGAAAAUUUGCAACCCCACGGAAAUGAGCAGACCGCCAGUGACGGCAUAAGUCAGUGCCAACCGUUAAAAAUUAAUUAUGAAAAGUGCAUGGAGGAGAUGCUGAAAAAGGUGAAGAAAGACUCCCUCUCGUUUUUGACAUCCUACAAGGGGAGUAAUGAAUAGGGUUGUGGUGCUGCUGUAGAUCGAGUUCAUUAUGUUCUCUUUUGCUUUAUAUACACCCGCUGAUCACGAAAUGGGAUUUCC